AGAGCUGCUUUAGAUAUUUCUAAACAUGUUGGGAAGCGGGAAAGCUCUGACCUGUGCACCUUGCAACAACAAUGUAGGGUUCCUGCAAAGGACCAACAGCCUGGAAGACAAAAGCCGGAUUGUCAGCUCCCUGAAAGAAAGGCAAUCCUCCAAGAGCCUGCUGGCGUGCGAGAACAGCGAGAAGGAAUCCAGGUUCCGGCGCACCGAGACAGACUUCUCCAAUUUGUAUGCCAGAGAUUUGCUGCCGGCCAAGAAUGGAGAGGAACAGACCAUGCAGUUCCUACUGGAGGUCGUGGACAUCCUCCUCAAUUACGUGAGGAAAACGUUUGACAGAUCCACCAAAGUGCUGGACUUCCACCACACACACCAGCUCCUGGAGGGCAUGGAGGGCUUCAACCUGGAGCUCUCGGACAACCCCGAGUCCCUGGAGCAGAUCCUGGUGGACUGCCGGGACACGCUGAAAUAUGGAGUGAGGACAGGUCACCCUCGCUUUUUCAAUCAGCUGUCCACAGGGCUGGACAUCAUCGGAUUGGCGGGGGAGUGGCUGACAUCGACUGCUAACACAAACAUGUUUACUUAUGAAAUUGCUCCUGUUUUUGUUCUCAUGGAACAAAUAACACUUCGAAAGAUGAGAGAGAUUAUUGGAUGGCCAAAUAAGGAUGGAGAUGGAAUAUUCUCACCUGGAGGAGCUAUCUCCAACAUGUACAGCAUAAUGGCUGCACGAUACAAGUAUUUCCCUGAAGUCAAAACCAAAGGCAUGGCUGCAGUCCCUAAGCUGGUUCUUUUUACCUCAGAACAUAGUCACUACUCAAUAAAGAAAGCUGGAGCUGCACUUGGAUUUGGAACAGACAAUGUGAUCUUGAUAAAAUGCAACGAAAGAGGCAAAAUAAUACCGGCUGAUUUGGAGGCAAAAAUUUUGGAAGCAAAACAAAAGGGAUACAUUCCUCUCUUUGUAAAUGCAACUGCAGGCACAACAGUGUAUGGAGCUUUUGAUCCAAUACAGGAGAUUGCAGAUAUAUGUGAAAAAUACAACCUCUGGCUCCAUGUAGAUGCUGCCUGGGGGGGUGGCCUCCUAAUGUCCCGAAAACAUCGUCAUAAAUUGAAUGGAAUAGAAAGAGCCAACUCAGUCACUUGGAAUCCACACAAAAUGAUGGGGGUGUUGUUACAAUGUUCUGCCAUUCUUGUCCGGGAGAAGGGCAUACUUCAAGGCUGCAAUCAAAUGUGUGCAGGGUAUCUCUUCCAGCAAGACAAACAGUAUGAUGUAUCCUAUGACACUGGAGAUAAGGCAAUACAGUGUGGUAGGCAUGUGGACAUCUUCAAAUUCUGGUUGAUGUGGAAGGCAAAGGGUACAGUAGGAUUUGAAAAUCAGAUCAACAAAUGCCUGGAGCUGGCAGAAUAUCUCUAUACUAAAAUCAAAAACAGAGAAGAGUUUGAGAUGGUUUUUGAAGGGGAGCCUGAGCAUACAAAUGUAUGUUUUUGGUAUAUUCCACCAAGUCUCAGGGGUAUGCCAGACUGUGAUGAGAGGAGAGAAAAGUUACACAAGGUGGCACCAAAAAUCAAAGCACUGAUGAUGGAGUCAGGUACUACCAUGGUUGGAUAUCAGCCUCAGGGCGAUAAAGUCAACUUCUUCCGAAUGGUCAUCUCAAACCCAGCAGCAACUAAGUCUGACAUUGACUUCCUUAUUGAGGAAAUAGAGAGAUUGGGGCAGGAACUGUAGUACAGUGGUUGAAUUAUUUAUUUCUCUAAUUCACUGUUUUCCAGCACUGGCUAUUUUUCUUAUCCAGUGCUGCAGCACAUGUUUUAAGGAAAUUCUCUUUCUGUAAGUUCCGAUCUCCUAAGACAUCCUUAAACAAAACAACUAUAGGCUACUGAAACAUAUAUGCAUUGGUAGAUCAUAUUACUGAGGGAAAAUGUAUUAUCUUGCAUUUGAAGUACUAUU